AUGUCAGGAAUGAAACCUUCUUUCUCGGCAUCGACUCCUAUUUUGGACGUGGCUCCCUCCCUGAUGGAAAAGUUGUGCCAGAUUAUGGACAGUCACGACGGGUCCUUGGGGUGGCGAGGACUGGCUGAACGGAUCUCCACCGACUGGCUUGAGUUCAGAACCAUUGAGCGGUUCGCGGAACAAGGGAAAAGUCGGACUGGGGAGUUGCUCUGGAUGUGGGGACUCAAGAAUAAAACAGUUGGUGAUCUCCUGCAACUUCUUCAUGAUAUGGAUCAACAGAGAGCUAUACAUUUGUUCGUUCAGAAAGAUGUAAAACCCCGCUCUUUAUUCACUUAUGAAGAUAUUGCUCUGGCAACCAGGAAUUUUCACCAUGAUUUUAAGAUUGGGGAGGGAGCGUUUUCUGAGGUGUACAAAACAGUCAUUCAGAACAAGAUUUUUGCAGUAAAGGUCUUCCAACAGGAAGGAAGUGCUGAAUGGAAAACGCAGUGGAAAUGUUUCCUGUCAGAAAUUGAAGUGUUACGUUUGUUUCAUCAUCCCAAUAUUCUUGAACUGGCUGGGUAUUGUUCAGAGAAUGACAAGUACUGUUUGGCAUACAAUUACAUGAAGAAUGGAUCCCUCCUGGACAGGCUGAAUUGUUUGGGUCAUACUGCACCCCUUGCUUGGUCAAUCCGGCUCCAGAUUAUCACGGGACUAGCAAGAGCUAUACAGUAUUUGCACACAGCGCAGCCUUGCACAGUCAUUUGUGGAAACAUUACAAGCGCAAACGUGCUGCUCGAUGAGGAGCUUCAACCCAAGCUGUCUGACUUUGGGUUGGCCUGUCUGAGGCCACACUCUGUCAAUCAGAAUCACACAAUCAGCAUGGAUGUUAGGACCUCCAGGAUCAUAGGAUAUCUACCUGAGGAGUACCUACGCCAUGGGAAACUUUCCACCAAAGUGGACGUCUACAGCUUUGGGGUGGUUAUGUUGGAAAUUUUAACAGGAAAAAGAGUUGUGCUGCACACUCCAAAAGCAGUUUUUCUGAGAAAUCUGGUUGUGGAAACCGCAGAGAAAAGUGGUGGUGUUGAAAGUUGUCUGGCAUUGUUGGACCAAAGUGCAGGCAUCUGGCCACACAGUAUAUCCCUUCCUUUGUUGAACCUUGCUGUUCAAUGCUCUGCAUCUCAUGUUAAAAUCAGGCCCCAAAUGGCACAGAUUUUGGGCUUAUUGGAGCCCUUACAGCAUGUUGAAGAAUUCCAGAGUGACUGUCCUCACUCACUAAAAUCCUAUGAGCCCAUCGCUGAGUCCAAUGCCCAGCAGCACAGCAUCCCUGUGGAAGAUGAUGAGAUCCUGUGUUUUCCUCCAAUCUUUGAAACUGGCGCUACCGAGGCAUGUUACUGUCACAGUCCUAGUUGGUCUAAGGGAAAACCACUAAAGACUCCUUACGAAUGUAGUCAAUCUGAGGUCACUUUUAUAGGUAGCGAAAAUAAGUACAGAGAUUUUGGAAGUCACAUGGUCAUCAGCGAGUUACCACAGGCAAGUCACCAAAUGUCAAAUUGGAGAACUGGCAUCCAAGGGUUUCAAACCUCAGGAACCAGCAACAAACCCAAGGAUGGUGACUUCUCGACCCAUAACCAGCCGGCAGAAUGCAGCUGUGGCUCACUGGAGCUUUGGAGCGUAUGUGAGGAAUGCAUAGCGAAUGGUUUGAUGGACAGACCCACUCCACUGUGUGAACCGCUGAUUAAAAACACAAGAGGGAACCAGUUAUUGGAUCCUGAAAGAGUUGAAAUCGUUGAAAACCAACCGAAAUUAUGACUCAAGGAGAAAAUUGCGCUUUACAACAAAGCGUUCUGA